AUGUCAAUUCCAGGCUUGGGCCAGAUCCCGGUGCAGACCGUCCACUCCUCGACCCGCAUCAUCGUCCUCAAACCAUCCUGGGAAUGGCGUUUCGAAGUACCUGCAGGCCGCAAAAUCACUGUCAAAGCCCUCUCUGGCACCGCUGAAAAGGAUGGCGUUGAGCUUGCUCUUCGGAAUGCCUACUCCUUCAGUGCAAUAAAAUCCAAGAUUCUGACAUGGCACGGAUGCGAGCUCGAAGUCGAUGGACGGACUGACGACGAGUUCGUAGCGGAAUAUGCUUCGCCCGCGGCGAACCCCGCGAAUGCACAUGUGAAUCUCCACGCCAGACUGAAUGAGAUGCGGACUGCGGCUGUGUACGAGCGGAGAGAAGGCCCGAGGGUGCUGAUUGCUGGCCCGCCGACGACGGGGAAAACUACGCUCGUGAGGACGCUCGCGAGCUAUGCGACGCGGCAAGGGUUCGAGCCAAUUGUCGUGAAUGCCGACCCCAAGGAAGGCAUGCUGAGUCUGCCAGGGACGCUGAGCGCCAGCGUCUUCGCAACGGCGAUGGACCCUGAGGCUGUUGAUGGAUGGGGUACCACGCCGACGAGCGGGCCGAGCACUGUUCCUGUCAAAUUGCCGCUGGUGUACUACUACGGGAGAAAUUUACCGGAUGACGACCCCGAAUUCUAUAGAGAGUUGACGAGCAAGAUUGCCGGCACUGUGAGUGGGCGGCUAAGUGAGGACGAAGCUGUCCGAAGCUCCGGUGUGAUUGUGGACUCGAUGGGCGUCAGUGAGAAGAGUAAAAUUGGAGAAGACUUGCUCGCUCAUAUUGUCGACGAGUUAUCUAUCAACAUCAUCGUGGUCCUGGGCUCCAACAGAAUGACAGCCGAGCUCUCGAAACGCUUUUCUACCGAGAGGACUUCCCUCGGCGAACCGAUUCAAAUCGUUGGGCUCGAUCGCUCAGAAGGCGUGGUUGAGCGGGAUGAAGGUUUUUUGGAGUAUUCGAGAGAACAGGCUAUUAAGGAGUAUUUCUUCGGGGACGCCAGGAGAGCGUUGAGUCCGCAGAUUCAACAGACUGAUUUUGAUGCGCUCGUUAUUUAUAAAGCUUCUGACUACUCAGCGUACGAAAAAGCAACACUGUCCCGCGAUGAGCCUUCAUCGGUCAUGCAGCACUGGACCCUUGCCGUCAUGCACGCUUCGCCCAAGGACCCCCCCGAGGUGGUAAGGGCUGCGGCAGUGAUGGGAUUUGUCUAUGUUUCUGAUGUCGACGAGGACAGAAGGAAGAUUAAGUUGUUGGCGCCGGUGGGUGGUAGGCUGGGCGAUAGGCCGUUGAUUUUGGGGAGUUGGCCGGAGCCGUAUAUCAAUCUUUUGGGAUAA